ACUUGGCCCAUAGCUUUCGCUUGUUGCUUUGCCGUCCCCGCAUUGACUCGCUGUAGAACACAGAUUUCCUCUCCAGGGUAAAGUAUAAAGUAUUGUGAUUUGAGGUUAUUUAAUCACUGUUCUAUUUCCUUGCGGGGGAAAGUGAAGUUUGGAGUCUCUCCUCGGGUGUCGCUCCUCUCCUCCAUCCUGUAUAAGCCUCAUGCUUUUUUUUCCCCCCACCCCGACCCAAAGAGGCAAGAUUUAAGGAGGCCGGCUUCCAGUCGGAGCGACACGACCCGGUCACACGUAGCAGAACUUGAGACACAUCGAUCACGUAUUAGCGGAUGUUGGAGGGACAAUGUGAAGACUUGCAGCGACUAGCGGCGCUGUUGCAGGAAAGCUCGACGACAAGCGGGGAAAGAUGGCGAGGAGGCGCAUCCACACGCUCCUCGCUUCGCUUCUGCUGGGACUUUUCCUCCUCCGUGUGUCGGUAAAAGGAGUGCAACAAGAGGAGCAACAGCAGGAGGAGGAGGGGGAGGAGGAAAGGUCCUGUCAGGGCGCCUUCGACCUCUACUUUGUCCUCGACAAAUCUGGAAGUGUGAAGCAUCACUGGAUAGAGAUUUACUCUUUUGUGGAGCAGCUGGCAGAGAAAUUUAUCAGCCCCAUGUUGAGAAUGUCCUUCAUCGUCUUCUCCACACAUGGCAAAAUCAUCAUGAAGUUAACUGAGAACAGGGAGGCCAUCACUGGAGGACUCAGAGCUCUAAAAAGUGUGAUUGCGGGAGGAGACACAUUUAUGAACCUUGGCCUGGAGAUGGCAAAUGCACAGAUAUAUCAAGAGAAUCAAGGGACAGCCAGUGUUAUCAUCGCGUUGACUGACGGGGAACUGAACGAGUGGCAGUUUGACACGGCUCAACGAGAGGCUCAGAGGGCCAGGUCUAUGGGAGCCAUUGUUUACUGUGUAGGGGUCAAAGAGUUUAACCAGACCCAGCUUGCGACCAUUGCGGACACUAUGGAACAUGUGUUUCCUGUGUGGGGGGGCUUCCAAGCCCUCAGGGGAAUCAUUGAUUCGAUCAUCAAGAAGUCCUGCAUUGAGAUCCUCGCAGCUGAGCCAUCCAGUGUGUGUGCAGGAGAGAGCUUUCAGGUGGUGGUGAGAGGAAAUGGUUUUCUCCAUGCCAGAAAUAUUGACCAGGUCCUCUGCAGCUUCAAACUAAAUGACACACACACUGUAGAUGAGAGACCAGCCGGAAUAGAGGAUACAUUCCUUCUCUGUCCUGCUCCUGUUAUCGAAGAGGCCGGGAGGGUGAUCUACCUGCAGGUGAGCAUGAAUGAGGGCAUCUCCUACAUCACCAGCUCGGUUCACAUCACAACUACUGAAUGUUUUGACGGCACCAUCGUGCUGAUCUCGCUGCUGGUGGUGUUCUUGCUGUUGGCCCUGCUGCUCAUGUGGUGGUUUUGGCCACUCUGCUGCACUGUGGUCAUCAAAGAACCUCCCCCACCACCUCCCCCAGAACCUGAAUCGGACGAUGAAGAUGGGAUGCCCAAAAAGAGGUGGCCUACAGUGGAUGCUUCUUACUACGGAGGACGAGGAGUGGGGGGCAUUAAACGCAUGGAGGUGCGCUGGGGAGAGAAGGGCUCCACUGAGGAAGGUGCCAAGUUGGACAAACCAAAAAACGCUGUCGUCAAGAUGCCAGAGCAGGAAUUUGAGCCUUAUGAGCCCAAGCCUCGCAAACCCAACCGCCGGCCCACCCAGCAGAGGAGGUGGUACACGCCCAUUCAGGGGAAGCUAGACGCUCUGUGGGCUCUGUUUAGAAGAGGCUACGACCAAGUCUCUCUCAUGAGGCCUCACCCUGGAGACCAGCUGAUGGCACGGAUGCUCCGUCACACAGCACGGCAGAGACCAGAGGGUCCACCGCCAUCCUGCCAUUCUGCCUCCUACCCCUCCCUCUGUCUGUCAACCAAUCACUUUGCUUCAAUGCCUCACUUCGCCCUAAUUUCAUCCAACACAUUUUAUCACUCACCUCUUGUAGCGUUUAAGGCCCGACUUUUAAUGUCUGCCACACGUCCAAAGCAUCCAUCCAUCCAUCCAUCCAUCGCUUAACCUAUUGAGGGUAAAGAUGGAGUCUCUCCCAGCUGAUUUUGGACUGCUCGCUAGACAAUCACAAAACCAGUCCAAUUUGCUGAUUAAAUGAUAGUUGUCAAACAUCAUCAAAUCUGUGUUUAAUUAUUUAAUCUUUCAUGUACAUUAUGUUUGUUACCCGUGUAACUUAAAAAGUUAGAAUUUGCACAUAACCAAAAGAAAUGUUGUUUAAGUUUCGAUUAUGAUCUGAUUUUGGUUCGGGAUACUCAAAAAAUGCUUAACUCAUAAUGAUCCAGAUCAUUCUUUGGCAAUGGACGUACCGUAUUUCCACGCACCCAGCGACUGCUUCCCUUAGAGCAAGGGUUCCCAGACUUUUUACACAGAGUACCAUCUAAAAAAAUACUUAGCUUACCACCAUCAUGACCAACAGCCAGUACCAUAGUUGGGCUAAGUGUUCAUCGAAAAUGAGACGGAGGUUUUAUUCCUAAAGAGUAUAUUUAUUAUUAUUGUAUGUCACAGUAGAAUUUUGGACAGUUUGAACAUUAACACUGAGCUUAAAUAUAGGAAAAUUACAAAAAUUUACUUGGAUAAUGAUUCAAUUUAAAUGUAAAUCUAAUACUAAAAUUGUUCCUAUAUUAAUGUUUAAAAAGAAACAGUUCUCAACGAUCAAAUGCAAAUGUAUUGAACUUAAAAGUUAAAUACAACUGAACUGUACUUAGGUAGUGAUUGAUAGAAUCAUGAGGUCCGCGGACAUAUUUAGGUCACCAAGUGGUUUUCACCAGCUCAUUCUGUAUUCAAUAAGGGUACCCGCUAACGUUCAAGCUCCAGUCACGUACGGAUCACUUGGAUCUCUUCUGCAUAUAGAAAUGUCUCCACACUUUUAAAGGAAGUGAGAGGAGCCGCUUCGAUUAGCUAGGACCCAGCCCAGCGCAGACGUUCAACUUUUAAUUACCACGAAAUUACCAAAACUAGUCUAGCCCACCUCCUCUCAGUGUUAUGCCAAGUGCAACGUUGGAUUUGUGCUACCCAAAAGAAAAGAGCCCAACACAUUUGAUUAGCGGUCUUACUGAUUUAGGGUUGCUUUACAUCUCUACUGGUGUGCUGACCUGUCUCCUGGUUCCUUUUCCACACUCUUUACACAGUGCUAGGAGACACAGGUGGACUUGCUAACUGCCUGUCCUUUCCACCUGUUGUCUGUCCGUUUGUACAGUCAUUGACAAUCAUGACUGACAAUCAUGCUGGCUUCCCAACUGCAUCGGUUGAUAUCCCGCAAGGGUGAUUGCCUGUGGGUGGUUAUAGUGUAGAAUCCACAGAAUGUUCAUAGUCAAUGCUGUCAUUCAUGGUUCAUGUUUACAUCCGGGCUUUCUGUUACUAGUAGAAGCCCGGAUGUAAACAUGAAUAAAGGCAUCGAGAGGGGUGCCAAUAUUUUUUAGCACGACUGUAAAUAUGUCAUCUUAGGUUGGAGGCCAGUACAGUGUAGUGUGGAACAGCUUGCUUACGUGCAUGCUUGGUGACAGGCAGAGCUGUCAGGUCAGAUGUGUGUCUCCGCUCUCAAAUUCAUCUUUACUGUAAUGGCCACCAAUGUGUACGCACAGCAUAUUGACUGGAUCACGUUUGUGUGUAUGUGCACGCCUGUGUGUGAAUGUAUGUGUGAAGGACAAAGUCUUGAGGCCUGGAAAGAGACUGUGUGGCGCAAGGAAUGCUAGAGGUGUUUCUGGUUUUUUUUCUAAAAUAACAAAUUGAGAUUUGGAAGUAGACAGUGGAGAAAUAAAUCUGUGACAAACAUUUACAAAGCAACAGGGAAGCAUAGUGUGAUGUGCAGUUGAGCUCAAAUUCUCAAUGUAUGAAUUUUUAUGGGCUGCAUAGGUGUCUUUUAGCUGGAAAUCACAAGAAAGACUGUAAGAAGUUGUGUUUAGAGAUAUUAAUUAAAUUAUUGAAUUACAAUCCACUUUAAUAAGAUUACACAUUGCUGUGACUUUUAGCUUGCCACACUCACUCGCAUACCCAUCCUGAUGCGGCAACCCACUCAUUAUUGGGGGAAAAUAAUAAAAAUAAUACUAAAUACUACAAAUACUGAUUUAUUUUAGUGUGGAACAUUUGGAGCUGUUUAGUUCCUCUGAGCUGUUUAUAUGGUGAAUAUUCAGCUUUUUUUUUUAUAUAGAGUACUAAAAAACAACCACAGCUGAAACAAAGUGCUGUACACAAAUUAAAAUCAAACAUGAGAUAUAAAACAUGAAAACAUAAAACAAUAAAUCAAGCCUGCGUGGGUUUUCUCCGGGCGCUCCGGUUUCCUCCCACAUCCCAAAAACAUGCAUUAAUUGGAGACUCUAAAUUGCCCGUAGGCAUGACUGUGAGUGCGAAUGGUUGUUUGUUUCUAUGUGGCCUGCGAUUGGCUGGCAACCAGUUCAGGGUGUACCCCGCCUCCUGCCCGAUGACAGCUGGGACAGGCUCCAGCACGCCCGCGACUCUAGUGAGGAGAAGCGGCUCAGAAAAUGGAUGGAUGGAUGCAAGUAAAAAACAAUAAAAUAGAAAAACAAAAGCAGUGUCUCAAAAAAAAAAGGGGUUCAAGAUGAGUUUUGAAAAUGGAUGGUGAGUUGCCUAAUGUGCAGAGUGAGGUCAUUCCAACGUGUGGAACCAGCAACAGAAAAAUCUCUGUCCCCUCUGAACUUCCAUUUAGACUUUGAUACCUCAAGAAGCAGCUAGGCUAGUCAGCUGACAAAUAAAAGCAUGUUAAAAGAACUCUAAAGUGCACAGGCAGGCAGCGCAGGGAGGACAGAGGUUAUGUGCUCCCUCUUACGUGUUCCAGUUAGAGACGAGCAGCAGCAUUUUAAGACUACUGGAGAGGUUUGAGGAAGGACUGGCUGACUUCAAAAUAAAGUGCAGUAUAAUAAUCCAGCCAAGAUGUGAUAUUGUCAUGGAUUACUGUUUCACAAUAUUCUAAAUUUUCAAUCAUCUCUCGAACAAGUGUCAUUUCCAGACAGAGCAUCCAUUCAACAAAGUUCACUUUCACUCAAUAUGUUGCCAGGGUAUGAAUAAUUUUCUUUUUCUUAGUGCUCUUUUUACAGCCUCCUCCCGAACCUUGCUGUCUCUGUUUAUUCAUGAGCCAAAGGGUCCAUUCAGGCCAUAUGUUGUGGUGGAGGCAUGCUCACACUCAUAUUCAUGAGCUUGUCUUCUCAUUGUGUCCAUAUGCUCUCGCUGGUGUUGUGCUGCUGCUCUGCUGCUCCCAAACUGGCCCAUUCUCCGCAGCCCGGUGACAAGACCCCGGCAGUCACCCCCCUGACAGCCCUCCUCUCCCUGAGCAGGCUGACCCCAAUCAAUUACACCCCCCACACCCCUCCCCCUCAUAUACAUGCACUCGCACAAUGGCGCCCCUCAAGCCACAAAGCUACUGCUGGUCGGGCCAUCUAAAUGGCCCCUGUGUGACUUUAGGGCCUCUCUGUUUCAUAAGGUGUUAUAAUCAGACCACCAAGGACACAGAGAGCCCCCUCUCCAUCCCUCACAACAACACCGACUUUGCAACCAGCUAUCAAUGAGAACAAUAAGAGAAGCGACCCACUCUUUGCUGCCUUGUAAAUCAUGAUUAGCGCCCCCUGUUAACUAUUGUGGGCAUAUUUAGAAAUGCCCCUUUAUGUUCCAAACACAUAACAAGACAUAAAGCACUUUCUGUUUGGUGUCACAGCACAAGGAGGAAAGGGGAAGACGGUGUAAGUGUGUGUGCCUAAUGUUGCAAGCAUCCCUGCUAUAGUGGUGCAGGUGUGAAGCGAAGACAGGCGCAUCUCUGUCCGCCCUCGAACACUCUCGCCUCUGUCAGCACAAGCUGGGACACGACUCGCUUAGGCCGUCUUUUAGCUGCGCCGCUGUUCAUUCACUCAAAAACGCAAAACACUAAAACCUUAAAUGCCAAACAAUACAAUUGUUGUGAAUGUAGGUAACAUUUUAACAUUCUUAACUGUCACACAAGCGUACAAAUAAGAAUGUCAAAACUAGCGCUGGACAAUAUGGCCUUUAAGAUAAAAUCUCAACACUAAUCGAUGUAUCCCUUUCGCUUGUAAAAAAAAAAAAAGAAAAAAAAAGAAAACAAACAAAAUUAUUUUCUUCAUUUAAAACAAGUUUUGCUCGUUUUCCCUUCUGGGAUUCACUUUAUUUCUCCUUAUACCAAACAAGUUGUUUUGUCAUUAUUAACCCGCUUCAACGUCCACAGAAAUAAUAGAAAUACAGUGGUGCCUUGCGAUACGAGUCACUCGACUUCAGUUUUUCAAGUUACGAGCCAUCAUUCAGCCAAUUUUUUGCUUUGACUUGCAAGUACAGACUUCAGAUACAAGUGCUAUAUGGUGGCAGUGAAUUAAACUCUUCCAAAUAAGAAGCACUUUGACACAGUGAAAGACUCCCAGUUGAAGUUUACUGUCCAGCCUCAACAUAAAACAAAAAUAAUUACACCUUGUGUAUUUAAAGCAACCAUAUAGCUUCGCCUUCAGUCUGCUAGCUUAAUGCUAAUGCUAAUUAGUAUCUACGUUGCGGUUUUAUAACCCUUUCAGCAACAGAUUGAACAGAGACAGUGCAGCAAUAUAACUGUACUCACAGACAUUCUUCAUCCUCUGUGAAGAAUGACUAAUGUUUGAUCCGUACUGAUGAGCUGAGAAGAGUUGUGACGUCUCAGUGAACAGUAUAACUGUCUGUAUGUCUUAUACUGCCCCCAGGUGGCCAAGGUGGGCACACCAGAGUGAGCAACACAAUGGUCAUUCAAUUGAUGCACUGUGACAAAAACAGUUUAAUUCUUUUUUAAUUCUAUUUAAAGAUGUCAAUACUGCUUAUUUUUACAAUAUAUAGUUUUAUGGGGUGCUAUUUGACAUAGUUUUGUUGAUUUUUUUAACACAUACCAGCCUCGCACAGGUCUAAAAUCUUGUCCCUGACAUCCUUUGACAGCUUGCUUGUGUCGCCCGUGGUGGUAUAGAGAUUUAUAGGUAAUAUUGGAUUCCCAGAACAGCCGGGCUUUAAAACACGCAUGACGAUAUGAGAUCAGGAGCAUUGGUCAUUGGUUGAGCACCAGCCAAACUGUGGGAGUUGUAUGGAUUUUUGUAUUUUUUGAAAAUGCUUUUAUACUGUGUGAUUUUGACUAAUAUUCCAACUAUUACCCUAAUGCAUAAGCAUAAAAUUGGAAACUGAUCAUUUAUUUGUAAAUGAGAAAAGUAAGGGCGGCACGGUGGACGACUGGUUAGAGCGUAAGUAAGGGCGGCACGGUGAACGACUGGUUAGAGCGUCUGCCUCACAGUUCUGAGGAGCGGGGUUCAAUCCCCGGCCCCGCCUGUGUGGAGUUUGCAUGUUCUCCCCGUGCCUGCGUGGGUUUUCUCCGGGCACUCCGGUUUUCUCCCACAUCCCAAAAACAUGCAUGGUAGGUUAAUUGACGACUCUAGGUCAUUCACCCAUAGGUGUGAAUGUCAGUGCGACUGGUUGUUUGUUUGUAUGUGCCCCUGCGAUUGGCUGGCAACCAGUUCGGGUUGUACCCCGCCUCCUACCCGAUGAUAGCACGCCCGCGACUCUCGUAAGGAGAAGCGGCUCAGAAAAUGGAUGGAUGGAUGGAUGGUAAAUAAAAAAGUAAGAAAAGUAAAGAAAUUCAGCAGGGGAUCAAGAAUUAUUUAUUCCACAUUGGAUGGAUGGAUGG